AGGCGGCGGCGGGACGGCAGAGGCAUGGACAGCGCGGCCGCCGCCGCCGCCUUCGCGCUGGAGAAGCCGGCGCUGGGCCCGGGGCCGCCGCCGCCACCGCCGCCCGCGCCCGGCGACUGCGCCCAGGCGCGCAAGAACUUCUCGGUGAGCCACCUCCUGGACCUGGAGGAGGUGGCGGCGGCCGGGCGCAGGGCGGCGCGCCCCGCGGCCAAGGCCGAGGCUCGCGAGCCGUCCGGGGGCAGCAGCGGCAGCGAGGCGGCUCCGCAGGACGGUGAGUGCCCCAGCCCCGGCCGUGGCAGUGCCACCAAGCGGAAGAAGAAGCAACGGCGGAACCGCACCACGUUCAACAGCAGCCAGCUGCAGGCGCUGGAGCGCGUGUUCGAGCGCACGCACUACCCCGACGCCUUCGUGCGCGAGGAGCUGGCCCGGCGGGUCAACCUCAGCGAGGCGCGCGUCCAGGUCUGGUUCCAGAACCGACGGGCCAAGUUCCGCCGGAACGAGCGCGCCAUGCUGGCCAACCGCUCCGCCUCUCUGCUCAAGUCCUACAGCCAGGAGGCUGCCAUCGAGCAGCCUGUGGCUCCCAGGCCCACCGCCCUGACUUCAGAUUAUCUGUCCUGGCCAGCUUCACCCCCCUACAGCUCUGUGCCACCCUACAGCCCUGGAGGCUCGGGCCCUACGACCCCAGGUGUCAACAUGGCCAACAGCAUCGCCAGCCUGCGCCUCAAGGCUAAAGAGUUCAGCCUACACCACAGCCAGGUGCCCACAGUGAACUGACGGUCCUCAUACCCAAUCCUGGCUGCCUCCCAGGUCUGAUGACAGCAGCAGAUGCAAGUGGCCUUCUCCCGUCCCUGUCUUCAGGACAGCCUGGGUGAGCUCUCUUGGGUCCUCUCUCCACCCCUGGGCUCCAGAGGCCGGUUGGGCCCCGGCAGCCCAACACCUCUCGCGGCGUUGGAGGCUGCGGCCCGAAGCCCCUGGAGCAGCCGGACUGGAAGGCGGAGCAGGAGACCGCUAAGGACUUCACUUACUAGUGUAUUAAAACCAAAAAGCUUUUGUCUUUAAAGAAUAAAACCAUUUUUUCUUAA